AUGCCCACCAACGGCCUGCACCAGGUGCUGAAGAUCCAGUUCGGCCUCGUCAACGACACGGACCGCUACCUGACGGCCGAGAGCUUCGGCUUCAAGGUCAACGCCUCGGCCCCCAGCCUCAAGAGGAAGCAGAUGUGGGUGCUGGAGCCUGACCCGGGGCAGGGCACCGCCGUGCUGCUCCGCAGCAGCCACCUGGGCCGCUACCUGUCCGCCGGGGAGGACGGGCGCGUGGCCUGCGAGGCGGAGCGGCCGGGCCGGGACUGCCGCUUCCUGGUCCUGCCGCAGCCCGACGGGCGCUGGGUGCUGCGGUCAGAGCCGCACGGCCGCUUCUUCGGCGGCACCGAGGACCGGCUGUCCUGCUUCGCCACGGCCGUCUCCCCGGCCGAGCUGUGGACCGUGCACCUGGCCAUCCACCCGCAGGCGCACCUGCUGAGCGUGAGCCGCCGGCGCUACGUGCACCUGUGCCCGCGGGACGACGAGAUGGCGGCCGACAGCGACACCCCCUGGGGCGUGGACGCGCUCGUCACCCUCGUCUUCCAGAACCGUCAGUACUGCCUCAGGGCCUGCGACAGCCGCUACCUGCGCAGCGACGGCCACCUGGUGUGGGAGCCCGAGCCCUGUGCCCGCUACACGCUCGAGUUCAAGGCGGGCAAGCUGGCCUUCAAGGACCGUGACGGCCGCUACCUGGCGCCCACGGGGCCCGCCGGCACACUCAGGGCGGGCCGCAACACCCGGCCGGGCAAGGACGAGCUCUUCGACCUGGAGGAGAGUCACCCGCAGGUGGUGCUGGUGGCCGCCAACCACCGCUACGUGUCCGUGCGGCAAGGGGUCAACAUCUCAGCCAACCAAGAUGAAGAACUGCAUCAUGAGACCUUCCUGAUGCAAAUUGACCAGGAGACAAAGAAGUGCACCUUCUAUUCCAGCACCGGGGGCUACUGGACCCUUGUCACCCACGGGGGCAUCCACGCCACAGCCACACAGGUUUCUGCCAACACCAUGUUCGAGGUGGAGUGGCGUGGCCGGCGGGUGGCCCUCAAGGCCAGUAAUGGGCGCUAUGUGUGCAUGAAGAAGAAUGGACAGCUGGCGGCCAUCAGUGAUUUUGUGGGUGAGGACGAGGAGUUCAUUCUCAAGCUCAUCAACCGGCCCAUCCUCGUGCUGCGGGGCCUGGACGGCUUCGUCUGCCACCGCCGCGCCUCCAACCAGCUGGAUACCAACCGCUCCGUCUACGACGUCUUCCACCUGAGCUUCAGCGAUGGCGCCUACCAGAUCCGAGGUGCGGACGGGGCAGGGGGCGCGAUAGAUGGGCUGGACCCAAGGGGUCCAAAGCAGGCUGAGUAA